AUCGCACCUUUCUUUACCCCCACCAGGGCUUCUUUCGUUUUCCCUCCCCAUUUUCCCUCUCGCUUUCGUGUUCUUGUUCUCGCUGUGCGGGCUCCUCCCAAGUCCCAACCCAAGCUUUUUUCCUUGGUCGUUUGCUAUUUGGAGCGGAUCCUGCAUAUCCCCUCGAGUAGAUCACGCCCGUAAAGCUCCCUCACUUGUUUUUCUCCUUCUUCCCACUUUUUCCAGUAUCGUUGUCCUGUUCUUUUUCUCUGCUUUUCUUUCCUUUCCAUCUUCCUGUGGGAAAACGAAGCGCCCAUCCUUGUUUCUGCGUCUGCCUAGUGCUCGCGGCGUUAAAGUUGCUGAACACGCUAUCUGAGCAUCUUUGUGAGAGUUCUUGGUUGAGAUGGCUCCGUUUCGAGCCAAAUGGGUUAUAUGCAGAUGCAGAUUGUUUGUGAUUUUGUUCCAUCUCUUGCUUGCCUUCUUCUUUGCUUCAGCUCAGAGGAGCUUCAAGCAUGAAGUCUCGAUGUUCAAUCGCUCGGAGCAGGAACCCUUCUCCAGUUUCCUUUCAAGGACUGUGAAUUUCCUGUGGCAAUCUGACCAGACCGGUUAUCAUCAUGUUUGGCCGGAAUUGGAAUUUGGCUGGCAAAUCGUUGUCGGCACCCUAAUCGGGUUCCUUGGAGCGGCAUUUGGGAGCGUGGGUGGUGUUGGUGGUGGUGGAAUUUUUGUUCCCAUGCUUAGCCUAAUCAUUGGGUUUGAUCCAAAGUCAGCAACAGCUAUGUCAAAAUGUAUGAUCAUGGGUGCUGCGGGGUCAACGGUCUACUAUAAUCUUAAGCUUAGGCAUCCCACACUGGAUAUGCCCAUCAUAGACUAUGACUUGGCACUGCUUAUCCAACCAAUGCUCAUGCUUGGCAUAAGCAUUGGCGUUGCAUUUAAUGUGAUAUUUGCUGACUGGAUGGUCACGGUUUUGCUGAUUAUUCUCUUCUUAGGCACAUCGACAAAGGCAUUCUUUAAGGGGGUUGAAACAUGGAAAAAAGAAACCAUAUUGAAGAAGGAGGCUGCCAAGCGCUUGGUGUCGAAUGGCACUGGGAACCCAGAAGUGGAAUACAAGCCUCUUCCUAGUGGCCCGGGGAAUGUCCCUCAAAGGAACAGUAGGGAACCGGAGGCGACCAUUCUCGAAAAUGUUUAUUGGAUGGAACUUGGACUCCUCGUUCUUGUUUGGGUUGCAUUUCUUGGAAUUCAAAUUGCCAAGAAUCAUACAACUACCUGUUCAGUUGGCUACUGGGUAUUAAACUUACUGCAGGUCCCGAUAGCAUUGUCGGUGUCGCUUUAUGAGGCAAUUAGCUUGUAUAAGGGAAGGAGAGUAAUUUCGUCUAAGGGAGAUCGGGAAACUACUUUUCAAGUGCAUCAGCUUGUAUUUUAUUGUGCCUGUGGGGUGCUGGCUGGAAUUGUCGGAGGGCUUCUUGGAUUAGGUGGAGGAUUCAUCAUGGGUCCGCUGUUUCUGGAGCUGGGUGUCCCUCCACAGGUCUCAAGCGCCACAGCCACAUUUGCAAUGACCUUUUCCUCAUCCAUGUCUGUCGUGGAGUAUUAUCUUCUCAAUCGCUUUCCCGUUCCUUAUGCACUCUACUUUGUUAUCGUGGCUACGGUGGCGGCUCUUGUCGGGCAACACGUUGUCAGGAAGCUGAUCAUCGUGUUCGGAAGGGCAUCGCUCAUCAUCUUCAUUCUAGCCUUCACAAUAUUUGUUAGCGCAAUCUCGCUAGGGGGAGUUGGCAUAUCAAACAUGAUCGGAAAGAUGGCACGCCACGAAUAUAUGGGAUUCGAGAACCUUUGCAAGUACGAUGGAUGAGAUCGUGUUCAUCUAUUCCUCUUUGUUCUUGUAUGUAAUGUAUGAAACUACUUUCAACCAACCGAAAAUUUUGUCUUUUGUUUCUUCUCUUCUAAGACAAUUUUGUUUUUUCUCUCCUUUUCAUCAUCUCAAGAGUUUUAACAUCCCAGUCAAUGAUUUGCUUACUAAUAGACGCUGUACUUUGCAAUCUCUUUCA